ACGUCUUCGCACCACCACCACCACCAACACCACCACCUCAGUCGUCGUACCGUCACCAUCUUCGCUACAACAGUCGUCUCUGCAGACCGUCGUCGUCGUCGUCGUCAAAGCGACGGAUCACCGGCGAGCGGCCGUACUGCAUCGGGCACUCCGGGCGAUGACCGUGGACGGAGGGCUGAACGUGACCUACGCCGUUCUCGAGGGCCUGGUGGCCGUCGGGGCGACCAUCGGCAACGGGCUGGUGAUUGUGGCCUUUCACAGGGAACGGCGACUCCGCCGGCGCACCAACUACUACAUCGUGUCGCUGGCGGUCGCCGACCUGUUGGUCGGUCUGGUGGGCAUACCGUGCGCCGUGCUGUCCAGCGUCGGGCUGCCUCGUCACCUGCACCUGUGCAUGUUCUCCAUGUCGCUACUGAUCGUCCUGUGCACCGUGUCCAUACUCAGCCUGGUGGCCGUGUCCGCCGACAGGUACUGGGCCAUACUCUACCCGAUGGCCUACUCCACGAACUCCAACACCAAAAUCGCAAUCAGCAUAAUAUGUAUCUGCUGGAUAAUGGGUCUGGUGAUAGGUUUUUUGCCACUAAUGGGCUGGAGAGCCGCCAAAGGUCCAACGUUGGACGCAUGCGAGUUCAGUAGCGUGAUGGAUUAUAACUACUUGGUGUUUUUAUACUUAGCGACUAUUAUUUUACCCGCGUUGUUUAUGGCCACCUCCUAUGCUCAUAUUUAUACAGUCAUAAUAAAACAAAUCAAACAAAUGACGCUGUUGAAUGGCGGUCAACGCGGCGGCAACAGUCCGACGAAACUGCGUGUGCUGGGCGCGGCCCGGAAAAGCGAGGUGAAGGCCACGCAGAACCUGUCAAUAAUCGUCGCGUUCUUCGCCGUGUGCUGGAUGCCGCUGUACACCAUCAACUGCGUACAGGCGUUCUGCGAAGACUGUCCCGUGCCCGCGUCCUUCAUGCACGGCUGCAUCGUCCUGUCUCACCUCAACUCCGCCGGCAAUCCGCUGCUGUACGCGUAUCACCUGAAGGACUUCCGGAACGCCUUCAGGUCRCUGCUGCKGUGCAAGAAGAGCGUGCUGCACCGGAACCCCGCGCCGUCGCGGUCGGGCUGYGGCACCAACGCCGGRGCCGUGACAUGCGGCGGCAAUGGAACCACAGACUGUUCCAUCAGCUCGUCGCUGACGUGUUCGGGCAGUUCGUCGCUGUCGACCGUCGUCGACUGUUGGCGCCGGCCCGCCAAGAACGCUUGGACUGUGGCCAACGCGGAGCGUGCAGCUACAGGCGACCGCCCCCGAUCGCCGUCCGUCGAACAGCAGGCCCACCACGAUAUAGUCGCGUGGCCCGCCGACUCUGUCUACCGCCGCGGCAGUUACAACGUCAUCGCAAUCGACCGCUCUACGCCCGUGUUGCUGUCGGUCCGUCAGCUCGUCGAGUGAACACUUCGACGUUCGCGUGUAAUAAUAUAAUAUCGCACUGACGAAUACUAUAAUAUAAGGAAACAGUUGCCCAUCGUUGAGACGAUGAUUCGAUGAUUGAAUCUCGUUGAAGAUAAAUAAGGAUCAAGGAGAGUGAUAUAGGACAUAUUUUCUAACCGUACUUAACGAAUCGGGGAACAACAAGCCUUAUUAUUAUAUCAUUAUUGAAGACCUAUUUAAACCGCUCAAUAAAAAAAAAAAAAAUUGGUUUUCUUAAAAGUAAAAAGUGUCCCUCGACACAUCUAUGGUUCAUUACGAGACCGCCCGUGAUCUGAAAUUAGACCCAUUAUUUUAUUCUUGAUGUAAAAUAUACAAUUAAUUUAACUUUUUUUAUACUUAGUUUUGGUAUCGCCCGAACGCAUCGCAUAAAAUG